GUAGUGACAAAAACGGGUCCAAUCAAAAUGACGUGUCAUAUCAGGGAGCAAAAAACUGAUUUCUACGAACAAGGAAAAGACGAACUAGCUGAUUUUAAAGUUGACCAAACUAUCCUGAUAAGUAAGAAGUACUUAAAAUACAUAGCGGAUGCUGCGAAGGUAGAGGACGAGUACCAACCAGACGACAAUCCUUUAGAUGAAUGGUACGCAUAUGCAAAUUCAUACUACCCCCACACGGAGGAUGUUGACCCAGUGGAGAGGGUGAACCAUCUGUUGGCCUCUAAAUUUUCGGUCACUUCAUUGACCAGUUUGGACAGCCAGAGUUACGUUCAGGAGAAGACAUAUUCGACGAGGUCUGCGCAAAUUAGAUAUCUAGAAUCCAAUCCUGUGUCUUUUAUAAUCCUGGGAAAACCUGGUAUAGGUGAGUUAGAACUGGGCAAGUAUCUGGCGGAUUACUGGAAAUGCGUCUACAUAGAACCGCAAUUGCUCAUAGAACAAGAAAUUGAGAGCGGUAGCAGAGCUGGCCAGUGCAUCGAAUUCAAUUUAAGAUGUGGACGAGCUAUUGGAAUCGACAUCAUCUUGAGACUGGUUGAAAAAAGAGUGAAUAGCGAAUCAGCAAAACACAGGGGCUACGUGAUCUGCGGCUUACCCCUGAUUCCCAAUGAUCUUUAUGCAGAAGACCCAGUCUCCUCUGAAUCUGCCGUGUUCAACGUGCGGGAGAUUUUUGAGGAGGUCUUGGGCGCGACUGUAGAAUUGGGAGUACCACCUCCAAGCAAGCCGCAUGUGUCCAUUGCCUCAAAAUAUGAAAGCAUCGAUGGGGAAGGAGGCGGGCAGAAAGCAACUGUAGAAGGGGAAGAAGCAGGGGAAGGAGGUGUAGGAAGUUUGCACGCCGAAGGCUCCCAAGUCUUCCCAGACGUUUUACCGUUGCUUAAACAGGAACCAAGCAUCCCCAUCGAUAUCGGCGCCCAUUACGAUAUCUGUCAAGCCCCAGAAUUAGGAACCAACUUCGAAGAUCAAAUCAACUUUUUGUUCGACCUUGUCAAAGACGAAUUUCUACUGAUUUACAUCACCUGCAGCUCAACAGAUGUUCGUGAAAAACGCGAUCAUUAUCGAUUCGACAUCUAUUCGCAAGAAAACGUCAGUCUAUUUAGGCAGAAAUACGACAGCUUGAUCUACAAGUACUUCUCAAAGGAAAAAGGACUGAGCGCAGAUGAAAUUCCAGAAGAGUUAUUCGAAAUACCCUUCCCAGAUGACCACGGCACUCACAAGCAUUUGGUCAAACUGCCCAGGAACUUUGAGGCAAACGUUUCUGCUCAGUUGGAUUCGUAUCAUUAUACUGGAUUAAGGUUUGUUGAACAAAGGGUGCUGCUACAUGAUCCUCAGUACUACGUUAAGGUGGAUGGUAGGACAAGUGUUCAGAGAAUGUUCAAUGUCGUUAAAGCUAAGAUGAGGACCUUACCGUUGCAAAAUGUUGUUUUGGCAGGAAGACUGGCUGUAUCAGAGUCGCAGGUUGACUUAGGAGAAGGUGGUCCUCCUCUCUCACCGGAAAACAUGACCUUGGAAGAUUACUACAAUGAGUUCUGCAGACGCCAGACCCCCAGCCCCAUAUUUAAAUGGACAUGGUCUGAUUGGGGUACCAAAUGUCCGGUGUCCCUGAGAGAUGGGAUAUACCGGGACGGGACACAAGAGUACGCGGUUCAUUUUAUGAACAAUAUUUUCUUCCUUGCUGACGAAGAAGCGUACAUCAAAUUUUUUAGGAACCCUAGGCCGUACCUUUUACCGCCGUUUCCGAAACCGACUUGCAAGUAUUUUAUCUUUGGGCCAAAAUGUGCAGGUAAGACAGCUGUAUCAAACUGUCUGGCCUUCAACUUCAGCGGCACCGUAUUAUCUGUUAACGAUAUGCUCCAAGAUCUAUUCUCUCAAAAAAUCGAACAGCUUAGAGAGAAAGUACGACAGGCUGCAAUAGCCGAGGCAAUGACACUUUUAGAUCAAAUUAGGACCGACGAAGCUGAAGAACUCGAGAAAAAGCGGAUUGAAGAUAUAAGAGAGUGGGCAAAUAUGAUCAGUGCAAAUCUAGAAAAACUAGCCGAUUGCGUAGAAGAGAGAGACAAAGAGGCGACGGCAAAACAAUUCGAAAUUUCUUCAUUCCCAAUGGCGAUGCAGAAAAAAGCCAUGGCAGAAAUGGAAACGGAGCUUACUAUCGCCAUUAGACAAAUAAUCGACCAGCUUGAGGAGCACGAUAUUCCUAUACCGAAAGCCCCAGCGACCAUGAGAAAAAUGGCACAGGAGAAGAAGAAGCUGUUGAUGCAUCUUCCUGAACAUCUUAAACGCAAGGUCAAACCUAAACGUGCUACAGUUCACGACGACUUUGUGAUUGAAUAUGCAGAAAAUGCAGUUCGAAGUACUAAUCUCGAUGUAGGAAUGGCGAAUGAAAACGUCUUGGAUAUGUUCAUAAACGGAAUCAGAAAAGUCGAAGAGAGUUGCGUGGAGAUGGGAAAUUGUAGGGGAGGAUGGAUCCUAGAUGGAAUGGUGUGUGAUAUUGAUCUAAUAGAUGCCCUGUAUCCUGACUACGUCGCAGAUGAAAUUAUCGUUCUAUUAGAUGAAGAUGGCGACGAUUUUUUGAUCAACAGAUACAAGCAAAGAGGUCUGAAUCACUUCGACAACUACAGGCAAUUCUUUAUGGAGAUGGGCAGAGUAGAUGCAGCCUGGAGAGCUCCAGCUAAGGUCCUUCCCAAACCCUUCCCGGAAGCCAUGAUGCGUGACAUUCUCUCCGAGAUAUUCGACGACAGCUCAAAAUUCCAGGGGAUGACCGACAAGGAGCAAGCGUAUCGACGCGAAGUUACAAAUUUCAGGCAGAAGUGGAAUGGGGUUAAGAAUUAUUUUAUAGAGAAGGGAAGAAAGCCCAUUGAGAUAAAGGUAACCAACAAGAGUAUCCCUGAGUUGAUGAGAGAAACCCUGAGGAUAAUCGAAGACAGAUAUAGAGUAAAGCCAUCACUGUACACCGAAGAGGACAGAGCUGAGGAAGUACGUAAUUUUGGAGAGCAAGUAGUUCAAGAGGAGAUACUGGCAGAAGGUCCUCUACCUCCUGUCAACGAUGGUCGAGAAGAUCCCAUCGAGAAAGACAGAAGAUACGGAGACACUUACAACUUCUGUCCCGUUACAUUCGCCGAAUCCUGGGUGUUGUGGAAAGGAAAAGAAGAUUUUGCAGUGAAGUUUGAAGACAAAGUUUACCUAUUCGCAAACGAAGAAAACAUGGACAAGUUUUUGGUCGAGCCUAGGAGAUACUUGACUGGUAAUCCUCCGGAAAGUAUACCACCUCCCAGGAUCUGCAUCAUAGGCAUGCCAGGUUCCAAGAAGACCGACCUUGGUGUAGACGUAGCCCACAACUACGGACUAAUGUUCCUAUCAUACGAGGAAAUAAUAAAGGAAGUAUUUCAGAUAAAUUCCCCUGAAAAUUUUGACAAUCUUAGAAACAACGAAAGAAUAGAUCCAGUUCUCAGAGAUUACCUGAAUGAAGGAGGUGCUUUACCGGAGGAAGUAUAUUCUGAGGCGUUGCACAAACUUUGGUUUGACGAUUCUACGAAAAAGCUGGGGUUCAUCCUCGAUGAUUUUCCUAAAAGACCUGUAGAUGUGCAGUACAUGAUCAAGUACAGGUUGAUACCGGACUUGAUAAUAGUCUUGGCGCCCGAUGAAGUGGAUCUAAAAUCAAGCCUGUUAAGAGACGUAACAAAAAUUUGGCAAGCGGAGGUCGUAACUAAGCAAAAGGUGAUAGAGGAAGAGAACAAACGGGCAACUGAGGAAUGGGAGGAGCAAAGACAACAGAGAUUCAAUCAGUUGUUGAACGAAAAGAGGGAGAAGAGGUACAUGGAGAAAAGGUCAGAGUUACAGGGAGAGGGAGAUAUUGGUCCUGGAGAAGUUUCGGAUGCGUCUGAGCUACAAGCAGGUUCCCAAGUUAGCUUCGACUCGGUAGCUGACCAACAGGAUGUAGAUGAGAUCAACCGCAUCCUGGAUGUGGAAAUGCCGGAGCUGAACCUCGAAAAAGUAUCGAACGUGGACGAAGAACUCCUGCUCCAGUUCGAAUCGAGAAUAAUGGAGAUGAUAGAAUUGGAAAGCAAAGCCGUGCAAAGCGUUGCUGAGCUUUGCAGGCCGGAAAUGAUCGAAGUUGUUCGGCUUGAGUUGGAGUUUGAUGAGUACUCGUUCAGAAACUUUAGAAAAGUGCUUUUCGUUGUCGAUAAAGUCAAGUAUCGCUCACCUGCGUUGUUCGAAAGGUGCUAUGAGAUAUCUAUGGAGGUGGCUGAAAGACUGCUAUCUUGCGGCUACUAUUUCCUGAGCAAAUUCGGAAAAACCUGCCCCGUACAAUACGCGGAAGACAAGAUACCGUUUCAAAUGUUCCUCCCGAUGGAACAACGAUACAACGUUUUUCCUGUCAUCCACAGAAAUUAUAUCUAUUUCUUAAUCGGCAGAGAAGCCGUGGAAAAAUUCCGAACCAACCCUUUGAGGUUCAUCAUGGUGGACAGCGUAAAAUUUCCAUUAAUACCAUUCAACGUGGCUGUGUCUGGACCUCCAAAAUGUGGGAAAACCAUUCUAGCUGAUAGAAUCAGGAACACGUACGGGAUGAAGUUGAUCAGCAGGGGUCAGGCAAUACGGUAUGUGUUGGCCUACAUGCCAUUCUGUCAGUUAGCCGUCAAUAUGGAGGACGUUUUGAGGAAAGGAUGGGAGGUUACUGACGAGAUGGUGGCUAGAUGUGUUGAGGCUGCGUCUAUGGAUCCCAGGGCGGUUACGCAAGGUAUGGUUUAUGACGGGUUCCCGAACACCAUAACAGAAGUCAAACAUCUAUCCUACACAGGUCUAGUACCAAACCUAGUAGUCGACCUCCAAGCGACUGACGAUGAGAUAUUCGAAGGACUGUCAAACGAUGUAGGCAGAAGGGGUUUCCGGAGAUACAGCAAACAAUUCGUUGAACGUCUUCUGCAGGAAUGGACGAAAACAGCCAAGGAUUUCAGAGUCUGGUUUGAUAAAGAAUAUCAAGUCACGACAUGUAUUCCUAUAAGUACCAGCAACUGGUCGGUUUGGACCCAAGGCAAAGCUGUGAUUCUGGCAUCAUUUUUUGAGCGGAAACAUUAUUUCUCUCAUGUCAAAGACGACUGGCCUUUGAGACUUGCAAAUAUGCUCGUCACACCGUUGGAGUUCCAUCAAAGGCAAAGCAACUAUAAAAGCUUUUGCCCUUGUUGCCUACAUUUUUCUAACGAACUAACCAGUGGAGGAGAUCCUCCCGAUCGAACUGGUCUCGUCCAAUACAGAAAAUACUAUUACUGGUUAUGUGAAGAUCAUAUUGAGCAAUUUCUAAAAACGCCAGACGAGUUCUUACCGCCCUACGGUCGCAACGCUCUACCCCAGAACCUUCCUACGAUCCGAAAUUUGAAAUCCACGCCUGAAAAUGUUUUCGAAAACGGUAGCUGUGUAGUAUGCUACAAACUAACACGUGCCAAAGUCAAUGGUUCUUUAGAACAUGCUGUAGGGUACAACAACAGAGUGUACCUUUUUGAAGACAAAGAACAUUUGAGGAUGUUUAUGAAGAAUCCUCAAAAUUUUAUGUUUGAUAUCAGCUUCAAGCAACCUACACCAUAUCCUUCUUUGAAGUAUGAAGAGUUGCCUGUACUUGGAAUGUUAGAGCAGUACGUCGCCAAACCUAUAACCAAGGCACUAAACUACGUGACGAGACGUAGACCAAUAAUCCCAGGUCUAAGUAUUUCUGCUUCAGCUGCUGUGGGUAUUGGAUUAUACUUGAAAGUAUAUAGCGAAACUUUGCCUGACCAUUAUAAGACAGAGUAUUUCAAAGGUGACAGCUUGUAUAAUGAAAGAAGGCAUAAGCUACUAUUCUAUUUGGAUGCUAUGAAGUCAGUAUUGAAUCCGUAUUUGUAUUACGAAGAACCGUUGCCUGAAUUCAAGAUGUUAGAAUCAGAGCUCUCUACUAGUACUGAAAGCGUUUGUACUGAAAUGUCGAAAUUAGUCAAUGAGAUUGUUGACGGUAUUGAUUAUUAGGCGUGUUCCAGUGUAGUUUUAAUAAAUAUUCCGUUGAUUAUAAUGCUUGUUCUAAAUCAUAAGUAUCUUGGUAUUGUUGUACACUUCCAGCUUCGUUAGGAUGAACAUAUCCAAUAUAAAGCGCCUAUUAACUCCCAAUCAUAUUUCAUUGAAAAUUCACGAACGGUCCUUACUGACGC